UUCAUACAUUUAAGUUUUCAUACUGUAAAGAAAUUAGCCAUUAAUGUAUUUUAGUUCACAGUAUAAGAAACAAAUAAAAUAAUCAUAAUGGUGCAUAUAUCAUGUAAGUAUAACAACAAAACUUUGCCCCCCCCCCACCAAACAAAACUAAAAAUAACAAAAGAAAACAUGGAUUUCUAGAAAGUCAUAGAUAUCAUUUAAUUGCUAUAAUUUAACUAUUUUCUAGAUACACAACCCUGUAUGUUGAAUCCUCAUUAGAUAUACAUGUAUUCUAAAAGAUUUUAAUAAUUUUACACCAUUAUCUUGAAUAAUAUAAUGUUAUUUUGAAAAUGAAACUUCAGCGGUAACUUGCCAUCUAUAUAUUCUUACAGCCUAUGAGAGCUUUCAAAAUUCCAAGCAGCAUCGUACCAAGUACAACCUGUUCAUCAUCCACCCUCCGUAAAAGAACGUCAAUAAUACAUCAUGUAAGGCAAGAGGUUUCUGGUGGGAGAGAGGCAGCCGAUACUCAACAGCAACAUGAAGUUUCCCAAUCUGCAAGCAUCACAGGGAUCUUGGGCCCACAACCCCUCCAUAUUCCAUCAAGAGACAUUAUGGAGCUGAAAAGCUUCUUCAGCUUGAGUUGGAGAAAGCUACGACGUUUGAAGAGCUGGCUAAAAGAACGGAGAAUUUCUACAGGAAAUGAGAGGGAAGUGAGGAGACUCCAAGAUGAUGUGGUAAAAAACAACAUUACCGGGGAACUGUUGCCUCUCCAACAAGGCUCAAGUGAGACUGGCAUGGAAAUUAAGGAGACCCCGGUAGUAACAGUAAGCAGCCUCAGUGCCCUUGUCAAGGACUUACUAGAGGAAUAUGAUCGAGGGAAAACCAUGAAAGUCUUUGCCUUCGGCGACUAUGAAUAUCUGACCCGCAUGUAUGGACUCACUGGCCCCAAUGGCCGUCAUUGCUGUCUCUACUGUGAGAUGACCAAGAAGGAAAUGGCUGACCCACCAAUGGCUGUCCCCCGUCAGCGAAGCCUGCAGACCCUCAAGGAAUCCCUGAACCACUUCAAAACCUGUGGCAUCCCAAAGGAAUCUAAUAACGUCAUCAGAUCCCCAUUCUUUGACAUUCCAAUAAAUAGGGUCUGUCCUCCUGGGCUCCAUAUCUCCCUCGGGGUCUUCUUGAAGCACUUCAACUCGCUCUGCCAAGCAUGUCACACUCUGGACCUGGAGAUUGGCCAGUCCUUGGCAAAAAGUCCUACAGACCAACUGGAAGCAAAAGAGGCCUUCAAACAGCAGCUGAAGAAGCUGAGUCUCCAGUCAAGACUGAAGCUUGCUGAGGAAGAACUCCACGACCUCAUGGACCAGCACAUGAUGGUUGGACUUCUUUACCCUGAAGCUGAACCGCCCACCCUCAUCCUGGAAAUGGCUGAAGAGAAGAAGAGAGAGAAAGUUACACUGGAGAAGGAAAUAGGCAAAAUACCAGAAAUGACAGUUCACUCUGGACCAACUAAUGUUGGUCUAGAAGAAGCACUACAGCAGUUGAGAGUGAGCAGACAGGCGUACCAUGGUCGUUCAUUUGUAGGGAACCAUGUACAUAAAUGUUUACAGGUGAGUAGAGUAUAUCAUGAAAAGUAA